AAGUCACCACCGACCCAAAAAUUUCGAAUCGUGUAAUUUGAAGCCUCCGUUGAACUUGUCUUAAAUAUUUAUUAGAAAAAAAAAUAAAAAAAAUAAAAAUAUGGGGAAAAAUACAUAAUAAUAAAACCAAAGGAAAACUCUUUGGUUCAUGCUCCUUUCGACGACACCCUCUUUAGUAUUUUUUUUUUCUUUCUCUUUCUAUUUGGUUAGAUUCAGAUCAUCGUUGCCUUCCUCUUCUCAACAACCCUAUUUCUUCUUCUUCUUUGUCUGAAAAGAAAUCACCAUUGUUUCAUCGUAAUUAUAAUAUUUUCCCCUUUUUUGUUUUAUUUUUCCCUUAAUCUCAAUCCCUGCUUUCAGAAUAAAAAUUAUUCCCAUAUAGCUUAUACACCCAUAUCUCUUUACCUUUGCUUCUCGCUUUUUUUCGGCCUCUCUCUGUUUAUAAUCCUUCCUCUUGUUAGUAUAUUUCUGUCAUGGGUUUUAAUGCAGGUUUGUUUAUGAAGAUAUGUACGUAAAUUUUUCCUUUUUUUGCUUCUUUUGAUUGAACAUGCAGUGAGGGGGAUACGUGUUCAAGGGGUUAUUGAGUUGAGAUUGAAACAAGAGAAAGGUGAAAGGAAAGAGAGAUGGCGAAUCAGGUCGUCAAAGUGAAGAGAGAAGCGAUUGCGGCAUGCAUGACUUGCCCUCUUUGCAAUAAGCUUCUUAGAGAUGCCACCACCAUAUCUGAAUGUCUUCACACGUUUUGCAGAAAGUGCAUAUAUGAUAAGAUAGAAGAGGAAGAACUAGAAUGCUGUCCGAUAUGCAACAUCGAUUUGGGUUGUGUCCCUCUGGAGAAAUUAAGGCCAGACCAUAAUUUGCAAGAUGUGCGGGCCAAAAUCUUCCCUCUUAAAAGAAGAAAAGUUAAGGCACCUGAAGUUGUACCCCCAGUUACAGUCCCAACUAGAAGAAAGGAGAGAUCACUCUCUUCGUUGGUGGUUAAUGCCCCCAAAGUAUCAUCACAAACUACCAUGACUGGGAGGAGAACAAAAGCUUUUACCAGAAAGGCUGGUGCUUCGCGACAUUCCAGUUUUCCAAUAGAGAAGCCUGUUAAAGGAGAUGAAGGCUCUAUGGAGGAUCACCAGGAGAUUGCAAGCUCACCUGAGACACUAAAUAAAUUCACUCAGAAUAAAAGACAGUGUACUUCUUCUGCCGAACAUAUCCAAAACAUAAAUAAAGAAGCAGAGAAUGGCGGCAAAGCAUGGGAUGGGAAAUUGGACCUUUGGAAACCUUUGAAUUGUUUAGUGGAGGUUGCAAAUAGGACCAAGUCCUUCAAGUCCAAUUCUCAAGGCUCUGAUUCUAAGUUAGAACCUUCCUGUGUGCCCUCCAUUGAAGCUCAUACGUGCAAAAGCAAACAUAGAGAAGAUAAAUGCAAAACAAAACUUGAGGAUGAAAGGACUAGUGCUGGUCCUGCAACUUCAGAAACUGUAACACCUAAAAAGCUGCGCAGAGUCAGUCGAAAAAGGGCUUCUGGUUUUGGGGAUUCUGGCAUCUCCCCGCAGGCAGUGCUAGAUGCUGCUGGUCCAAAGCAUGAAAGAAGAAUUGGUCCUGUUUGGUUCUCAUUAGUGGCCUCUGAAGAUCAGGAAGGAGAUGCUCCCCUCCCUCAAAUUUCUGCACAUUACUUGAGGAUAAAGGAUGGAAAUAUACCUGUUUCUUUUAUUCAAAAAUAUCUGAAGAAGAAACUGGACCUCACUGAUGAAGCUGAGGUUGAGAUAAAAUGCAUGGGGCAGCCUGUAGUUCCAACACUGCAAUUGUAUAAUUUAGUUGAUUUGUGGCUACAAACAGCAGCAACAUCACAGCAAGUACCGGCCACCAUUGGUUCAUCUGCCAAGGAAUUCGUCAUGGUGUUGGCGUAUGCACGAAAAGCCCCAGAUGAGUAAUAAUGCUUUCUUUAUUUCAUUCUUUUCCCCACCACAAUCAAUAAUCUCUCUCUCUAUAUAUAUAUAAAAUAUAUUGGAAUUUCAUUGGUGAUAGAGUAGGACAUUUUGAUCCUCUGGCAUGUAUUUUCUUCUACAUAAACAUAUGUAUUUAGUGAGAUUGGUUCUUCUACAAUAUAGUUUCUUAGAGCACCGUAUGUGGCCAAGUAAUGGGAUUUGCUAUGUUAAAACAUCAUUGUCAUCCAACUUGCCACCCAUUAGUGUUACAAUUGCUUCAUCUUCCUUUUUGACUGUCUUCAAUUUAUCAGUUUGAUGUAAAAUUUUCAUCAUCGUUUUCCACA